GCUUCAACCCAUGUUUGACAAGAUUCGGUUUAUCCAUUUCGCGAACAUCAUCGCAUGACAUCCUUGGAUAUGCCCAGCAUGGCUUUGUCUCUCUCCUCUCUGCUUCUCCCACUUGGUUCUACUUGUUGUAAAAGUCCAUCUUUUACUCCUCCUGAAAGCAUUUUGGUUGACAAAUUUCGAAGUUUAGUUGUUAAAGUGAAGUCCUCGGAGACAAGGGAAUCCAUUGCUAUGUUUAAUUCCAAUUCACGUAGGGACUUUCUUGGGUUAGCUUUAGGGGUCUCAGGACUCUUCAUCCAUUCAUUGGAUGCCAAUGGAGCUGGUUUGCCACCGGAGGAAAAGCCAAAACUAUGUGAUGACACUUGUGAGAAAGAGCUUGAAAAUGUGCCUAUGGUAACAACAGAAUCAGGAUUGCAAUACAAGGAUAUUGAAGUUGGGCGAGGCCCUAGUCCACCAGUUGGAUUUCAGGUGGCAGCUAAUUAUGUUGCCAUGGUUUCAUCGGGACAAAUAUUCGAUAGUUCACUGGAGAAAGGUCAGCCUUACAUUUUUCGCGUUGGUUCUGGUCAGGUGAUAAAGGGACUUGAUGAAGGUAUUUUGAGCAUGAAAGUAGGAGGGAAGCGUCGACUGUACAUACCUGGAUCACUGGCAUUCCCAAAAGGCCUUACAUCUGCUCCUGGAAGACCAAGGGUGGCUCCAAACAGUCCAGUCAUAUUUGAUGUUAGUCUGGUAUAUAUACCGGGGCUUGAAGUGGAUGAGGAAUAAAAUAAGGUUGUCCACUCAAUCUUGAUUGUACACAAUCUUGAUUUUUAUUUAUAAAUAUAUCUAUUCUAUACAAUCGUUAAUUCU